CAAACUGAAGGAACUUUCCAAACGUUUUGAUUUUAAUAUUAAUUUAAUUUAACAAAGUGAUUAUUCAAAAAAAUUGUAUCUUUUGUUAUUAUACUGUUUGGGUUAAAAAUUUUUAUUUAAAAAUGGAUUGUGAAAUGAAAUGUGAAGAAGUUCCUGUUCAAUCAAAACCUAAAAAAUCUGAAUCAAAAAAGUCAUCUGACAACUGGUCUAAAAAAAUUUUUGAACUUAUUAAAAGAGUUGAUAGUUUUAGAGGUAAAAAGCAAAAUGGGUGUGUUCCGUUUAUACUUGACGAUGUGCAGAUAGGAUUGAUACAACCAGCAGUGUUGAAAAAGUUAGAGUUUUAUCAUGAUAUAUUUUAUGUUGUUAGAGAUUUACUUACUAAGACUGUUAAAUAUGUUACUAUGGCAUCCACAUUAAAUGAUAAAAAGUCAAGAAGUCAACAGUUUGCAUGUGUAAUGAGAGACUGGAAAGAUAGAGAUUUGUUUCCACCUCUUAGUGGAUGGAGAAAUGAGAUAUAUGACAUAAGGAAAUCUUUUAACAGUGAAGCUGUUCUUGAAGUGGAGAGAUCAGCCUGUGGAUUAUUUGGUUUUCGAACUUAUGGGAUUCAUGUAAAUGGAUACGUAAGAAAUGACAGUGGUGAUGUGUAUAUGUGGAUUGCCAGACGUAGCAAAUCAAAGCCAACUUUUCCUGGAAAGCUUGACAAUACAGUUGCUGGUGGUAUUAGUUCCGGAGAUGGAGUGCUUGAGACUGUGAUAAAAGAAUGUAAAGAAGAAGCCGGAAUUCCUGAAAAAUUGGCCUCAACUGCUCGACCAGCUGGUACACUAUGUUAUUAUUAUGAAAAUGAUGUUGAACUUCAACCUGAAAUACUAUUUGUUUACGAUUUGGAGCUACCUCGUUCAUUUGAGCCCACUAAUACAGAUGAUGAGGUUUCUGAUUUCUACUUACUUCCAAUUAAAGAGGUAAAAGAGUUACUAGCUACUAAUGAGUUUAAACCAAAUUGUGCACUCGUGCUUCUCGAUUUCUUUAUAAGACAUGGUGCCAUCGAUCCUGAUACCGAACCAAAUUAUGUUGAAUUUUCGCAAGGUUGUCGAAGAUCGCUGCCUUAUUAGUUGUAUAGAAAACAAAGUUUAUCGUACCAACAAGUUUUUAAAUCUAAUCUUUGAUUAUAAAGAAGUAUUUUUAGUUGUUGAUAGUUUUGAAAAGACAUUAAUGAAAGUGCGUAAAAAUCUAAAAAAUACUGUUGCGCUAAGAAUCUUCGAGGUAGAGUUAAGAAUCUAAGAAUCUUCGUGGUUGAGUUAAUGGUAAAUUAGUUUUUAAUUAUUUAUGAAUUGAAUUUGUAUGUAAACAUUUGUAAAAUAUAAUAGACUAUUUCAAUGUAAUAAUGUAUAGAAAAUGUUUUAUCCUUUUUUUGAA